UGAUCAGUGACUUUGGUGAAGGCUAAGAAAGUUGAAACAAAUUUGCUGAUGAUAUACAACUUCUAAGAGAGAGAGAGAAAGUCAAGACGGGAUUGUGGAAACUCCUCUCUGCAGCACCUUUGGUAACAGGAGGCACCCUCUGUUAAAUGGAAGAUAAAGCUACUUCAUGUAAAGUGCUUUGAGCCCAAGAGAGAGCUGUCUUCAGCACCUUACCAUGUGUCUACUUUUUGUUGCUUAAACAAGCCUGGACAUUUCUAUAACAUUUGCAUUCUGUAUCGGAAGAAGAGAUUUCUAUAGAUGAAAAAAAUGCCUUUGUUUAGUAAAUCACACAAAAAUCCAGCAGAAAUUGUGAAAGGUCUAAAAGACAACUUGGCCAUUUUGGAAAAGCAAGACAAAAAAACCGACAAGGCUUCAGAGGAAGUGUCGAAAUCACUGCAAGCAAUGAAAGAGAUUCUGUGCGGCACAAAUGACAAGGAGCCCCCCACAGAAGCUGUGGCCCAGCUUGCACAAGAGCUCUAUAAUAGUGGGCUGCUGGUGACCCUGAUUGCUGACCUUCAGCUCAUAGACUUCGAGGGAAAAAAAGAUGUGACCCAGAUAUUUAACAACAUCCUGAGAAGACAGAUAGGUACUCGGAGUCCUACUGUGGAGUACAUUAGUGCUCAUCCUCAUAUUCUGUUUAUGCUCCUCAAAGGAUAUGAAGCCCCACAGAUCGCCUUACGUUGUGGGAUUAUGCUGAGAGAAUGUAUUCGACACGAACCACUUGCCAAAACCAUCCUCUUUUCUAAUCAGUUCCGAGACUUCUUUAAGUAUGUGGAGUUGUCAACAUUUGAUAUUGCUUCAGAUGCCUUUGCUACUUUUAAGGACUUACUAACCAGACAUAAAGUGUUGGUCGCAGACUUCUUAGAACAAAAUUAUGACACUAUUUUUGAAGACUAUGAGAAAUUGCUUCAGUCUGAGAAUUAUGUGACUAAGAGACAAUCUUUAAAGCUGCUAGGUGAACUGAUCCUGGACCGACACAACUUUGCCAUUAUGACAAAGUACAUCAGCAAGCCAGAGAACCUCAAACUGAUGAUGAACCUCCUUCGGGAUAAAAGUCCCAACAUUCAGUUUGAAGCUUUCCAUGUCUUUAAGGUGUUUGUGGCCAGUCCUCAUAAAACGCAGCCUAUUGUGGAGAUUCUACUAAAAAAUCAACCCAAACUCAUUGAGUUUCUGAGCAGCUUCCAAAAGGAAAGGACGGACGAUGAGCAGUUCAGCGAUGAGAAGAACUACCUGAUCAAGCAGAUCCGGGACUUGAAGAAAGCCGCCCCCUGACGGUCUCAGCCACCCUCCCACCACAGUCACCAUCUCAUUUGUUCAGUUUGUACAGAAAGUGUCAUUUCAGAAAGUCAUUGUCCUUGGGAAGGCUUUGGAGGAGGUGCCCGGUUUUUCUCAAUUCAUUGUUCAGGGUAGACGGAAUAUAAACAUUUGAAUGAAAAAUGAUUAACCUAGAAUAAUGCAUUCAUUUGAAUCAAGUCUGUGAUGAUUUAUGUGAAAUCAGAGCCACUGUACUAGACGUGGAUAAAAACAGUUUUAACCCUUGGUUGACCAAAGGCAGCAGGGCCGUGGGCUUGCAGACCCAAGCCCUGGGUCACCACAGGCCCCCUAAGCAGAAGCCCAAAUGACAGGCGUCCCUGAGCCCUCAAGGUUAAGUUCUCCGAGGAGAACUGGGGGUCGGGGCGAGAGGUGCAAAACCAUUCCAUCUAUCUGCGCCUGGACAUAACGGAUUUCUCACGGCGCUGAAAGCUCUGGCAAAACAAGGCCCAUGUUUUCAGUCAUCACACGUCCUUGUUCCCAGCCCGUCUGUUUUGACCGUAACUAAGUUCCUAGGGAAGCACAACCCUCUCUCCACGCACCGUCCCGCGCUCCAUCCCAGCGGCUCUCCUCCGCAUCCCACUCCUGGCGCACCCCCUGCGGCCCGGCUAGCCGGGAACAGCUUGGCCAAAGUAGGACAGGUCAGCAGGGGUCACAGGGACAGAGGGGACCCGCGUGUAUGACCUGCUCACUUGAGAACUUGGAACAGAUGGUGAAGGACCACAGCUCUAGCAGUAAACACUGGUGUUUCGCUCUGACUCCUGAAGCGUCAGGGAAUGAUUGGAAUAUUUCAUUCCUGUCAUCAUGGGAAAAUUCUUUUGUGGUGAAAGUGUGUUUUAGGGUAGGAAUCAUUGCAUUGGGAUGCCUCGUGUGUACAAAAUCGUGGGUCCAGAGGGUUAGCCCGCUUUUAUAAAUAAGGGAACAUUGCCAUUGGAAGGGCAAAUGAUUAAAUGUGUGAAAAAGUUCUCAAAGGACUCGAAGUUAUCUUUUCAGUUUAUUUUCUAAUUAGCUGCCACUCUAACUUCCCAUCAAAGCUUUCAGCGAAAAGGUAGAAAAGCUACAAAAAUGUGGUCUCAAGUAUUCUCUUGCAUUAAGGACUUAAUUGUGUUCUUUAAAAAAAGGCAUGAACCCGGGCGCCUGGGUGGCUCAGUUGGUUGGGCGACUGCCUUCGGCUCGGG